AAAGUAUAACCUUCAAAACCCUGCUGCUGAGAAUCGCAGAGACUUCGAAUCUGCAAACCAUUGAUCACAGAAUGCGGAGAAGAGCUGUCGCCUUCUUUCCACAGAGACGUUUCUUCUCCUCUACCUCUGAGAAUCCUACCUUAUACUCCUUCUUGCAACCCUCCGUCUUUGCACUGAAAAAAUCUCCAGCGGCAAGCACAGUCCCUACCGGUACCUUUCCUGACCCACCAAUACCAACGCCACGCACUUUAUCCCUAGACUGCAUAAACACCCUGGAAUCCACCAUCCAUAAGUCUGUCCUCACCGGCGACACUGAUGUGGCUUGGAAAUCCUUCAAGUCUCUCACCGCUAAUUCUGCUUUCCCUUCCAAACCUCUCACUAACUCCCUAAUCACUCAUCUCUCCUCUCCUGGUGACACCCUCAAUCUCAAAAGGGCGUUUGCUGCUGUUGUCUAUGUCAUGGAGAAGAACCCGGAGCUGUUAGAUUUUGAAACGGUCCAAAUGGUUCUUCGUUCGAUGAAAUGUGCCAACACUGCUGCUCCUGCUUUUGCUUUAGUCAAGUGUAUGUUUAAGAACAGGUAUUUCGUGCCUUUUGGAUUGUGGGGUGGUUUGCUUGUUGAAAUUAGUAGGAAGAGUGGUCAAUUCGUUGCGUUUUUAAGGGUUUUUGAAGAGAGUUGUAGGAUUGCCAUUGAUGAGAAGUUGGAUUUUAUGAAACCUGACUUGGUUGCUUGUAAUGUGGCUUUAGAGUGUUGUUGUCGCAAACUUGAGUCUGUUACUGAUGCUGAAAAUGUGAUUGAGACAAUGUCUGUUUUGGUUAUUAGGCCUGAUGAAUGGAGUUUUGGGUUUCUUGGUUACUUGUAUGCAUUGAAAGGACUUAAAGAUAAGAUAAACGAGUUAAAGGGUUUAAUGGAUGGGUUUUGUUUUUCCAACAAAAGGUUGUUUUAUAGUAAUUUGAUUAUUGGCUAUGUAAAGUCUGGGAAUUUGGAUUCCGUUUCAACAACUGUUCUAUAUAUCUUGAGGGAAGAAGAUGUGGAGAAUUUAGAUUUCAGUGAGGAAACUUAUUGUGAAGUGAUAAAGGGGUUUCUUAAAGAUGGAAGUCUCAAGGAUUUAGCGCAUUUGAUCAUUGAAGCUCAAAAAAUGGAGCCAGCAACUAUUGUGAUUGAUAAAUCAUUUGGAUUUGGUAUAAUUAAUGCUUGUGUUAAUCUUGGAUUAUCUGAUAAGGCACAUAGCAUUCUUGAUGAAAUGAAUGCUCAAGGUGGUUCAGUUGGUCUUGGGGUCUAUGUGCCAAUCUUGAAGGCAUAUUGCAAAGAGAACAGGACAGCUGAAGCUACUCAACUGGUUAUGGAGAUUAGCAACUCGGGGCUUCAGUUAGAUGAAGGAAGCUAUGAUGCUCUGAUUGAAGCAUCCAUGACCAGCCAGGAUUUUCAGUCAGCUUUUACUUUGUUUAGGGACAUGAGAGAGGCAAGAAUACCUGACUUGAAGGGGAGCUAUUUAACCAUAAUGACAGGAUUGAUGGAGAGCCAUCGACCUGAGUUAAUGGCUGCAUUUUUGGAUGAAGUUGUUGAGGACCCUCGAGUUGAGGUGAAAACUCAUGACUGGAACUCGAUUAUUCAUGCCUUCUGUAAAGCUGGGAGGCUAGAAGAUGCAAAGCGAACUUUUAGAAGAAUGAUAUUUUUGCAGUUUGAACCAAAUGACCAAACAUAUUUGUCCUUAAUUAAUGGGUAUGUGACUGCUGAGAAAUAUUUCAGUGUUUUGAUGCUUUGGAAUGAGGUUAAGCGAAAGGUUUCAAAUGAUAAGGAGAAAGGAAUUAAAUUUGAUCAAAAUUUGGUUGAUGCGUUCUUGUAUGCUUUGGUUAAAGGGGGUUUCUUCGAUGCAGUGAUGCAAGUAGUGGAAAAAUCUCAAGAAAUGAAGAUUUUUGUGGAUAAGUGGAAGUACAAGCAAGCAUUCAUGGAGACACAUAAGAAGCUCAAGAUGUCAAAGUUGAGAAAAAGGAGUUUCCGGAAAAUGGAAGCGCUCAUCGCCUUCAAGAAUUGGGCUGGUCUAAAUGCAUGAACAUCAAGUGUGCCUGUGGCUGUGCUUCGGUAUUGCUUAAGCCUUUCGCUUACCACUCAGGCUGUGCUGCUUAUAAUCAUAUUGCAAGUGCCUGCUUUCUAUUAAGUUUGUUUAAAUGUUUGAAUAUAAUGAGCUGAGUUAACCAAGUCUCAAUUCUAAACCUGUUGGGAUCAGCUUCAAGGAUCCUUUUAGCAGAGUGGAUUUUGUACAAACUUUCAAAGCAGAAAUGAAGGUUUAUGGAGAAUAAGUGCAUUUCUGAAAUUGAGCUGUUUGAAUGAAUAAAUGAAUUGAAGAUGUGCAUUGCUCUGGGGGACUGAGUACUCUUCUAAAAAUUUGCUAGUCUUAAUAACCUUGUUAACAAAAAACAAGGUUCGCACUAUGAACAUUGGUAGCGUUUGGUGUCAUGAAAGAAGCUUUGUCAAAUUGAAGCUCUUAUUCAAUUAUUGGAUCAUCUGAAUAGACAAGUUCUUGGUGAUUUUUAGCUUUGUUUGGCCGCUGGUUAUUAUGCUGAUUUUGUUGAAUGUCUUCACAGUAAGAUGGGGGUCUGACUAUUUCAAUUAGGUAUGAUACCUUUUAUGUUAUGACUUGAGGAAUUUAAUGAUGAUAUGUCAAUACAAUAAAGCUAAAUCCACUAAUGAUGGAGGAAUCAGAUGAAGUAAUCACUUGUAGAAAAUUAAUUUUCUUCUGGCCGUUUGGGAGUUCUCUCGAGCUGUUGAAUCUCAAUUGGAGAGACAGUGAGAUAAACCUUGGAAUUUUUUUUUCAGGUAGCAUUUUGUUGCUGUAGCAUUAAAUCUGUAUUUUGCUCUACUAUGUACAAUUGUUGUUGAAGUAGUUGCUCAAAUUCUUUUGAUCAGUGUGAACUGCUGUUGUUUUGUACAUCGCAUGAAAAGAAAAAUAGAUAUUCUGGCCCUAGGCUGUCUGGCUGGGCAGUAAAAAUAUUGCUUUUCUAUUAAUAAAGUGUUAUAUUUUUUAACCCAUGCUAGAUGAUGGUUGAAUAUUUAUGCAGAAUUGUUUCAAAUAGAAUUGAAUGGCAAAAAAAGGAUUCAUAGUUGAUGGUUGCUAGUUACACUUUUCACUUUUACAAGUUUGCCUUCUUUCAUUUACUAUUUCAUGGGUCCACAAUUAGAAAUGUGUAUUGCUUUAUAGCUAGAAGCCACUUGAAGUCUUGAAGAAUGGGUUCUCUUUUUGGAGAAAAAAAGGAGAGAGAAUGUUGAAAGUAAUCACUUCCACCGAAAAUAGCACUUUCUAUUCUUUUUAAAUAUCAACUACUUAAACAACACUCUCUAGUUUAGUUUGCUCUGUAUUUCAAGUUCAAUAAUUUCACAACUCUUCCAACGGUUCACAAAUGGUGUCUGCCUCAAAUGCAUUUAUGUCCUUGUACAUUCCCAUCUUCCUAAUCCUCCCUGUAAUUUUCUCCAUCUCUACUGCUGUCCAUACUAUCCCACUAAAUGGUACCUGUCUUGAUACUUGCGGCACAAUACCUGUGAAGUUCCCUUUUGGCACUGGAUUUGGAUGUGGACACCCUGACUUUGCUAGAUACGUGAGAUGCAACUCAGGCACUCUGGAAUUUUCUACGGGCACUGGCAUUUACACCAUCUCCUCAAUUGAUUACCCAAGCAACACUUUGAUUGUCACAGACCCUCUCAUGUCAACUUGCAGUUCAAUGCAGGACUCAGGAAGCUUUAGCUUGGAUCGGGCUAGUCCAUUCACUUUAACAGGAGAUAAUAUCUUUGUUUUGCUAGGAUGCUCUACCACUUCUCCUGUAUUUGACCCAAAAGAAGAUUUGUGCGACACAGGGUCAGGUUCUCGUGUUUGUAGAGGAUUAUAUUCUUGUAAGGGAGUCUCAGGAAUUGGGUUGCCACAGAAUGCACCGAUAUCUACAUGCUGUGUUUAUGAGUCACCUAUUCAACUUGCAGGCUACACAUUGGAUCUUCCCAAACUCCAAUGCUCUUCAUAUACAUCAGUAUACAGUUUUGGGGGCAAUGAGGGAGAUCCGAUGAAAUGGAAUUUUGGGAUAUCUCUACAAUAUAAUGGUUCAUAUUAUAGUAAUAUCUGCAAGGAUUGUGAAUCUAGUGGGGGCUUGUGUGGCUUUGCAGGUUUUGAUCAGUCAUUUGCCUGUAUAUGCCGGAAUGGGAAGAAUACAACCACCAGUUGCUUUGCUCAAGGGCUUGCCUGGAGCGGGACAUGGGGAUCAAAAGUUCAAACCAAGUUCAGUCUUGCAGGAAUUUGCCUUCUAUGGCUUGUGCUUUCCAUUUGAAGUCGGUAGAAUGCUUUCAAAAUUGUAUGGCACAAAAAAGUCAAACCAAAAGCUUCUCGCAUUUUGACUGAUUGCGGUGCUGUAAUUUCAAUUAAUUUCUACAUGAAAAAUAUUCUUAAGCAGGUUCUUGAUUUUGCUUUGUUGAAUUUGUGUUCUAUCUUCAUGUUCUGGAUAAUAGCUGCAAACAUCUAAUGAUAUGCUGGGUAUGUCAUUUUCCCCUGAUUAGAAAUUAGAAUUUUAUAAGAAUUUAAUUUAAUUA